AUGGUUUCACCUCUUUGCUUUGACUGUGUCCUGGUGUGGCUGCUAGUACUCACAGGGUCUUUGGAAGGGGUAUACGUAGCUGAAGUGGGUCAGAAUGCUGAUAUACCCUGCACCUACUCUCCAACCACUUCUGAUGAUCUUGUGCCUGUCUGCUGGGGCAGGGGACCCUGUCCUGUGUUUGAAUGUCAUAGUAUGGUGCUCAGCACAGAUGGAAGGAACUUGAAAUAUCAGACAUCCAACAGAUACCAGCUAAAGAGGAAUAUCCACAAAGGAGAUGUGUCCUUGACUAUAGAGAACGUGACUAAAGCAGACAGUGGGACCUAUUGCUGCCGGAUCCAAUUCCCAGGCCCAUUGAAUGAUAAAAAAUUAAACCUGGAGUUGUUCGUCAAACCAGCCAAGGUCACCUCUGCUCGGACUCCAUGGAAGGACUUCACUGCAGCCUUUCCACGGACGCUCACCACCAAGGGACAUGGUGCAGAGACACAGACACUGGAGGCCCUCCAUGAUAACCAACAAACACAAAUACCUACAUGGGCUAAUGAGUUACAAGACCCUGGUACGACCACCAGAAUGGCUGUCUACAUCGGAGCAGGGAUCUCUGCUGGGCUGGCUCUCCUUCUUAUCAUUGGUGCUUUAAUUCUCACAUGGUAUUCUUAUAGAAAAGAGAAAUUACAGAAUUCAAGCCUCGUCACUUUGGCCAACCCCCCUCCCUUGGGGUUAACAAAUACAGGAGCAGGAGGAAUGCACUUGCAGGAAAACAUCUAUAUCAUUGAAGAGAACAUAUAUGAAAUGGAAGAUCCAUAUGAAUACUACUGCUAUGUCAACAAUGGGCAGCAAUCCUGA